GUUCCGAAAUCCGAUCACAGAAAGGCAUGAAAAUCCCUAUCCAUGGCGAGCUCAAGUCGAAGCCUCCUUUACGUUGCCCCAAAGCGCUUCCACCUGCCACAGAAACACUCAGGCUUCCCUGGAUGGUUCCAUUGCGCCAGGCGAAAUACAGGUUCCUCAAGCAGCAACAAAACCCACCAUCGUCGUGUGAUGGCGAGAAAGUUGUACGGUUAACCUUCGAUACAAGAAUUCAAGCGGAGAGGGGAAGAUGGAGGCAUCAAUGGGAGUCCGACGGGAAAGAUUUGAGUGGUGAGGCUAGUCCGGUGGUGAGAAGGGGAGACAAGAAAAGGAAAGAGACAACGGGGAUGGGCAAUGGGUCACAGUCGGAGAAAAGAUUGGAAGAGGAAGAUUGUGGGUUCUGUUUAGUGGUCAAUGAGAGGCGGGCUUAUGACGGAAGGGGGCUUUCCGGUGGAGAGAAGGGAAGGCUGCUCACAGGGAAGAAGAGAAGGAGAAAGAGACUCGGUGGUCACUGAAAAAAUCAAAAGGUUUCCUUUCUUUUUUUUAAGAUUUUUGGGUGUUAUGGAGCUUGGUGGUGGAUUAUUGAGAACUUAUUGUUUAUGUGAUUUAGUUUGGUGGGAUUGCUUUUAAUUCCUUAAUGUGCUUUGUAUGUUUUUUGAAUGCUGCAUUGUGUUAUAUACUGCUAUGGUUCUGUUUAUAGGGCAUAUUAGUUAGGCAUUUUGUUGCGGUGGCUUGCGUGUUUUCAAGGGUCCUUCUAUCUGCAUUGCUAUAGGCAUUUGUGUUCUAUACUUGCCAGCAUUGGUGUUCACUCUUCCUAUUAAUAGUUUGGCUGAUGAAACUAAUAUUCCAUUUUGUGUAUGUUUUUUUCCUUCAUUAUAGCCUUCUGCAGUAAUGACAAUGACUCU